UCUGUGUGAAAUCGUGCCGCAAGAUAACCUACAAUGCCGAGAAGACUCGAUAGAUCGACGGACAACGGCGUACCGGUACCCGACAAGACAAUCUGUCCAUCGUCGGAAGAACUGAGCGUAAUAAACAAUAAUGUCAGGUGUGAACAAUGCGGGCUCGUCUUCAAGAACGAGCCGCGUUAUCGGCUGCACGACCUCAAAGUGCAUCAGCACAGAAAGUUGGAUAAAAUUGCAAAGGAAAACAUACGCUAUCACUGCCCGGUGCAGUCGUGCGUCUACGCCGUUAAUUCUCAGAGAUAUUUUAGCACCAUGAAAUAUCUGAAGCAACAUUACUUGAAAGUACACGCAGAAAAAAAUUAUUUAUGUGAUCGCUGUGGCAAGAGUUUUUCCACUGAAUCUGCCAAACAAGGACAUGCAAAGAUCUGUGGCAUAGAGUUCACGUGUUCCUGCUCAAAGGCUUAUGUCACAUAUGAAGCUUUGCUUACGCAUGCAAAGCGAUCUCUGCAUGCUAUAACGGAGAAAUAUAAAAAUUCGCAAAAACACCUCAAUUCCAGGACAAUGCAAAUUGUCCUAUCAAAAGAAAUUAUAAGCAGACCUGUCACAAUAUUGCCCAUUUCAGAUAAAUUUGGAAAAAAUAACGAAGAUAUUCAUACCAUGAUAAAAAGUACCUCUAAUGUCGGAGUACAGACGGACGAUUAUAAAAGAAAAAAGAUAUCGAAUCCAUCGAAAAAUAAUCUGCAUAACGCAAAACGUCGAAUAUCUAAGCAAACGCAGACCAAUAGUUUUUUUAAAGAGAAGACCUCUGGAAAAUCGAUAGAAACGCAAACUCCACAAGCGAGCAGAGAUUCGUCGAAAAUGCAUAAACGCGGUGGAAAGUCUCGCGCAUUAUCAAAACAAUCAAAACAAACAUUACUUAAGGAGGAUCUCAAUCUCAGUGAUAAUUUCGCAUCAUCCAAUUUAUUUCCAGCUAGUCCGCUACCACUUCGCCACGAUGUGGGCUUGCAGGAUUUCUGGGAGAAGAACACUUCGGGGACACAAACAAUACCUGAAAAAAAUAUGUUUGAGGCGUUUAACGAUAAUGUGACUCAAACGGAAUUCGAGACAUUUUACAAUCAUAGUCACAAUCCUUUGAUACCGGACGUAUCAAAGAGUUCAGUAGCUUUAAUGACGUUGCCUUACGUUGAAGACACGUCGACAGUCGAAGGGUAUUCUUUCGCAUCGACCGAUGGGAUAUCUCGAGCAGAUCCUAUGUUAACUGCCAAGACAUUCGACGACAGAUUUAGCAGCAUAGAAACACAAACUGAGCAAGCCUUUUCUCCUUCGUAUUUUUAUUCCGAUUCUUUAUCAAGAUCGUUUGCCUUGAGUUCAAACAUCGAAACACAAACUACGGACAACCUGGACAAUAUGGAACAACUACUGUACAACAAUACGUAUACUCAGACAUGUGAUAAAAUACUAUCCUGCGAUUUAGGACUGUCCAAUAUACAGACUCAGACCGCUUGGUCACAUGACGACACUACGGUUUCUACAGAGACUCAAACAAAGUCUCUGAUUUGUGGGACUGAUUGCAACAUUCCCAUUGGCACUUGCAGAUCCUGGUUAAAUACACAAACAAGUCAUACUGAAACGCAAACUGAUCUAUUUAAUAUUUUCGAUGGACUUGAAUAAGUUAAGUAUGUUUUCACUGUUACUUGUUGUUCAAUGCUGAGUUUUUCAUGUUUUGUCAGUCUGAUUUUUAUGUAGUUUUAUCUCUGAAAUUAUUAAUAUCAAAUUGAUAAUAACAAUUUGUCAUUGAAAAAAGUUCUCGAACUUUGAAAUUUCUUAAUUUUUACAUUUUAGGAAACUUAUCUCUCAAUUUAGUAUUGGAAACUUCUUUUUAUCCCAGUGUAAAAUAAUAAAAGUUGCAAAGCAAGCAUUAAAAAUGUUAUUCAUUUGUAAUUGCACAUUGCAUAUGUAUGGUACUAUGUAUAUGUAAUACACGCGCGCGCGCGCGCGUGUGUGUGUGUGUAAGUAUACGUAUCUGAUUUCUUUUAGUAUUACGCGUAUCUCGCAUACAUCUCUUCUGUAUAUAUCUAUAUAUAUUUAUCUACAUAUGAUUUGAAAAUAUUGUAAUAUACACACGUAUUGUGAUCUGAACUUAUUAAAUUUAUGGGCUGGAAUCGGA